GUUCUUAUAAAUCUCAGCACUCCCAAACAAGACUUCAGCACUUGCCAGAAAACUUUCAGAGCAAGAAACUUCAGCCAUGGCCGAGAGACGCAUCCCCUUCACCUUCAUGCACGGCCAAUCCUGGGAUCCUUUCCGUGACUGGUCCCAGGGCAGCCGGCUCUUCGAUCAGACCUUUGGGAUGCCACACUUCUCCGAGGAGAUGCCCACAUUUCCCAGCACACACUGGCCUGGAUACUUUCGGCCCUAUGGAUUUCCAGAGAUGGCCUCUUUAAUGCAGAGCCCAGUGGCUCAGAUGCCCAUGUCGCCGCCCGCCUCCAUGAUGCACCCCCCGACCUACAGCCGGGCUCUUUCCCGACAGAUGAGCUCGGGAAUGUCUGAGAUCAAGCAGACGCCAGAUUCCUGGAAGAUCAGCCUGGAUGUCAAUCACUUCGCCCCAGAGGAGCUGAUGGUGAAGACCAAAGAUGGGGUGGUGGAGAUCACCGGCAAACAUGAGGAGCGGAAGGAUGAACAUGGCUUUGUGUCCAGAUGUUUCACCAGGAAAUACACUCUGCCCUCUGGUGUCGACUCUGAGAAGAUCACCUCGUCUCUGUCUCCUGAGGGGGUCCUGACCAUUGAAGCCACUCUGCCCAAACCUGCCAUCCAGGGCCCUGAAGUCAACAUCCCUAUCAACACAGGCAGCGCAGUGACUGCCAGCAGUACAAAGAAACCCUGAGCGCUACAACACACACACACACACACACACACACACACACACAGGCAGAUCACUGUGCUACUUUGAGUUUGUUUUCUUCAGCAUGAAUGCAAAUGUUGAUACUUCUAUUCUUUGUAAACAGCAGGUAGGAGAAGAGGAAUUGCCUUAUUCUAUAACCAUAUAUAAAGCAUAAAGACAAUCAAGCCUGUUUUAUGUGCAAUAUAUAUAGUGCAUUGCAACAUUAUUUUCAAGACAGUUAAACAUUUUACCCCAUUAUUGAAAUAUGUAGUAUUUACAUAUUAAGAACAUAAUAAAAUAUAAUUGUGCAUAUAUCCUGGGAGCAUUUGUUUAUAUACACUUUUUUUUUAAAUACUGUCUGGAGCGAUUGAUUUUAUUCAGUGUGACUACUACAAGACAUGAAAAUAAUAAAAUAAUGUAAAAAUGCAAGUGUUCCUAAAAUGUGGAAUGAAUUAUGACAAUGACAUUUCUUUAGGAGCUUCCCAAAACAGCAGUUUUACCAUUUACUGGUAAAAUUAUGUUUUUUUAAUAAUAUUUAUUCAUCAAAAUGUAAUACAUUGCUCUGCCUGAAUUUUUUUUUUUCUGCUAUUGUAUGUCACCUUGUUCAUGUUUGCUAUUAGUGAACGUUGACAAUACUGUAUUUUAGCCAUUGAUUUAGGCUACAAUAUUGUAGCUUUUUUAAUUCCAUUCAUAUAUGAACCUGAAGAAACUGAAAAGGAAGGAUAGCCUGUUUCCUUUUGAAAUGAGAAAAAAUUAUAUUCUUGACUUUAUCAUACAAAUAGAUUCCACCAGACAUCGCCAUGCUGUUUAACUGCAGGAAGCACCACAACAUGGUUUCCUCACAUCAGUCGUCUCAGCCAGAAGAACAGCAGGGAAUGUCUUCAGAUUGGUAUCUUUGGGUUUUGUGAGGCAUUGCAUACUGUUUUAAAUGACUGUAAUUAAAGCUUUCACAAUCGUGAGCUGUAUUUCUGAAUAUCCACAUGGUGGAGUUGGGAAUAAACAUCUUCAGGCAGUCUGGAUUA